AUGCAAUCCAUUAGAAAGCCAAACCCUCAAUUACCCGACAGCGUGUUCCAGAUGUUCUCUAUGAAGGGAAAAUCUGUCAUUAUCACCGGUGCGAGUGGUGGAAUCGCCCAUGAGGUUGCGAGAGCUCUCGCUGAAGCUGGUGCCAAUCUCAGCUUAUGGUACCACAACAAUCCUCUUGCAAAAGAUCUUGCGGAGGAAUUAACCCAAAAGUAUGGAGUUGAAGCCCAUGCGCUCAAAGUGGAUGUCAAGUCGUGGGAACAAGUUGAAGCAGGUGUUACCAACACAGUUGAGAAAUUUGGCCAGUUGAAUGUGAUGAUUGCGAAUGCUGGUAUUCCUGCGAAAGCCGGUGGUUUGGACCAAACUUUGGCUGAAUGGCACGAUGUGGUCGACACUGACUUUAACGGUGCUUAUUAUUGUGCCCGAGCUGCUGGAAAUGUGUUCAAGAAACAAGGAUUUGGAAAUCUUAUUUUCACCGGUUCCAUGUCGGGACAUAUUGUUAACAUUCCCCAGCAGCAAGCGUGCUACAAUGCCUCAAAAGCUGCUGUGAUCCACUUGGCCAAGUCAUUGGCUGUUGAGUGGGCAGACUUUGCAAGGGUCAAUUCGGUUUCUCCAGGAUACAUUGAUACACCUAUUUCUGGUGAUUGUCCAUUUGAGAUGAAGGAAGCUUGGUUCAAAAUGAUCCCGCUUCACAGAGAUGCUGAUCCUAGAGAGUUGAAGGGUAUUUACUUGUACUUGGCUAGUGAUGCUUCCACGUAUACUACGGGAAGCGAUUUUAUCGUUGAUGGUGGCUUCUGCUGCCCAUAG